AGUUGCUGUCUGUGGGCGGCUGCGUACGGUUCGUGCAUUUCGUUGAGCUUAAGCAGAGCGCGCAUGCGUAUUGAAUAUUAACGUGAUUUUCGGUCUUGAUAGUUGUUGUGGUUAUUUUUUGUGUGUUUUUUAAAAGUGAAACUGACCAAAACUAAAAGCUGCCGCUUGGCAAACUGUAUCAAAAGUUCGAGCAUUGAAAGGCGUGUGCUACGCAGCCUGCUGCUGCUGCUGAUCGGCAGACAACCGGAAGACUUAUUGGAUGGAAUGCCGCUUGGCAUAGCUGAUCAGCCGGACAGUUCGACAGUUUGUAGCAAUUGAGUUUGAAUAUAAGCAAAGAUUGAGAAAAUAACUGAAUCAAAAUGCGACACAACUUCGAGAUGAGCUGGCGACUCCAGCUGUUCGCCUCGAUGCUGUUCUGCGCCCUGCUCGGCUAUCUGAGCUCCUCGGUGGCGCUGGCCAAGCCCACGUUGUCGUUCAGCCUGCCGCACGGACUGCAAGGCUUUCCCUCCUUUCAGUCCUUUACGCAGCAGAUCAUCGAGCAGCGCAGCCUGCGUCAAAUGAAAACCUACAGCGGGAAACGCAUUAGCAACGAUUCGCUGAUCAUGAUAUACUAUCACGAUCAGACCAUUGCCGUCACGGAGCUGGGUCCACAGAAGCUGCUUCUCGGCUGUGAGCUGAUUGAAAUUUACAACGACAAGGAAGGCAAAAUGCUGCUCAAUGGCCUCGCCAAAUACAAUCGACCUCUGGAAAUCAAAUUCGAGGAAAUGCUCAAGCUGAUGGAUCAAUGCGAGCACGUCGACAAGCUCAGCUAUGCGUCUAAGCUCAGAUACAAGUCCAGCAAUGAGGGCUCGGAACGCAGCAGCGGCACAAGCGAGUCAGAGGCCAGCGGUGCGGGCAACGACAGUUUGGGCGGCUCAGCUAAUCAGGAUGGUGUUUCGCUCAAGUUGGCAGCGAAUAUCUUUCCGCGCAGCCCCUUCUCGCUGCUAAGCGGCAUUAUACCAGGCACCAAAUGGUGUGGCACGGGAGAUAUUGCCGAAACGUACAGCGAUCUGGGCAGCGAGAUGGCCAUGGACCGCUGCUGUCGCCAGCACGAUCUGUGCCCCAUCAAGAUACGCGCCUAUCAAAACAAAUACGAACUAAUGAACGACUCGCUGUACACCAAAUCGCACUGCAUUUGCGAUGACAUGCUGUUCUCGUGCCUGAAGAUGACCAACACGUCGGCCUCCCAGCUGAUGGGCUCCAUUUACUUCAACCUGGUGCAGGUGCCCUGCCUGGAUGGGCGAAGCAAUCAAUACAAGUUCCGUGCGGCCAAGGAGGGUUUCUAAGAGCGGCUCGGGGCGGCUUUACUGUGUGUGUCUUAUAUAUUAUAUAUAUAUAUAUAUAUAUUUUUUUUUUUUUUGUUGCUGUUGUCUAAGUUUUGUACGUUUGGGGCUUGUACAUAAAAGUUGGGCGCUACUUGAAUUAUUUAUUGAACCACUUAGCUAUACGAAGGUGUUCGCAAAUGCAGCGAAUGACGGACAGUAACACUUCUAGAUGGACAAAUACGUAUCGAACGCCCAGUUUAUUAAAUACACACAUCCAUAUAUAUAUAUGUAUAUAUAUUUUCAUAUAUAUAGCUACGUGCGUGUGUAUAUGUGUUUGUUUGCAUGAUGUUAGGUUUACAUAGUUUAGUAGUAGUAGGCGUUAUAUUCUUAUAUAUAUUAUGCAUAAGGCAGCAAAUGCUGCGCGCUUGUUAUAAAUACAUAUCAAUAUAUAUAUAUACACAUAUAUAUAGACAUAUAUAAAUAUAUCUAUAUAUAUAUAUAUAUAUAUACGUUAAUGGUUACAAUUUGUCUUUAUGGUUUAUAGCUGAAAUAAUGGCUACAUAAAAAAAAAUCUGUUUUCUAGCUUCAUUGACUACACAA